AUGGAAUUGGCAAUCACCAACAAUAGCACAAGUGCAGGUUUGUCUGGAUCACUAAUGUUACUUGAAAUUCCAUCCUCACCAGCUAUAGAGGAAUAUCAAAGUCAAAUAAUAACUAAAUCUAUGCAAACAUAUAUUGAAGAAGGACAAGUUUAUCAGGACAAGCAAACUGUAGCUGCUGCAAUGAAGAAUUUUUCUGUGAUGCACAAGUUCCAGUUCAGAGUAAAAAGAUCAAGUCAUAGAGGCUACUGGCUUAUAUGCGUUGCUGAAAACUAUAAAUGGCACUUCAAGGCAACGUCAAUUAAUGAUUCGGCAAUGUUCAAGAUAAGGAGUUUCAGCCGACAACACACAUGCUCCUUAAUGGACGAAACAUUCGUACAGCGCAAACGUACUGCAGCUGUAGUUGGUAGCAUGGUCGUUCCAAAGUAUUGUGAUCCUAUGACUGUUUACACACCAAAGGACAUACAAACUGACAUGUUAUCCGAACAUGGACUAAACCUAAGCUACAUGCAAGCAUGGAGAGCCAAGGAAAAGGCUUUACAGUUUUUAAGAGGGAAUCCGUCUGACUCCUACAGCAAAUUACCCAAAUAUUUUUAUAUUCUUGAGGAGACUUAUCCUGGUUCUGUUGUUAAAUUGAAGAAGGCAGCAGAUGAUUGCUUCUUAUACGCAUUUGUUGCUCUUUGUACAUCAAUAAGUGGUUGGCAACAUUGUAGGCCAGUAGUAGUUGUUGAUGGGACAUUCUUAAAGUCAGCCUAUAGGGGGAUUAUGCUUACAGCAAGCACCAUGGAUGCAGUAGGUAAAAAAUAUAAUAAUUUUGUAGUUAUUUUGUAG